AUGAAAUUAUUAAUUGUACUCGCAUUAUUUGUAAUUGCUGCUAAUGCUGUACCAUUUGCUAAACAUUUCACCAAGGCAAAUAAAGGUAAAAAUUGGAUCCUAUUAUGCGCUGGUAGUAAUGGGUGGUAUAAUUACGCUGACCAGGCCAUUGUAUACAAAGCGUGGCACUUAUUCCGGUCAUACGGUAUACCCGAAGAAAAUAUAAUUAUUUUUCAUUACGACGAUAUCACUAAUAAUAAGGCCAACCCUACACCCGGUAUAGUCAUUAAUGACUUCAACGGCACCGAUGUCUAUAAGGGUGUCCCAAAAGACUACACCGGCAAAGAUGUUACGCCUAAAAAUUUCUUAGGUGCUCUACAGGGUGACCAAGAAUUAGCGAACCAAGGUAAAAAGGUUAUCAAUAGUGGACCUGACGAUCAUAUAUUUGCUUAUUUUGGCGAUCAUGGAAUGCCUGGUGCUGUUAUGUUUGCCACUGGUCAACUAUAUGCCACAGACUUAAACAAAGCCCUAGUAGAUAUGCAUAGUAAAAAUAAAUUUGCCAAGCUCGUAUUUUAUAUUGAUACUUGUGAAUCAGGAUCAAUGUUUGAUAAACUAUUACCGGCUAACAUUAACAUAUAUGCUGCCACCUCGUCGACACCAAAAGAUCCUAGCUACUUCUGGAAAUAUGAUAAAACUUAUAAAACAUUCCUAGGUGCCUGGUUUGCUAGUUACUGGCUAAUAAACGAUGAGGCAGUUGACCUAGAUACUGAAAAUUUUGACCAACAAUUUAAAUUGUUUGCCGAUAGGUAUAACGUUACUGAACCCACAUCACCUGGCAUACAACAUGCUCAACGAUAUGGUCAUAAACCGCAUAAUUAUACGAGUAAAAUAAAUGUGCAUGAUAAUGAGAAAAAUUAUGGCGCUGUCAUCAAAUGGGAUGCACCACUGUAUAUACUACAGAGACGUAUCAGUGAGACAAAUGAUGUGGAUGAGAAAAAUGAAUUAACUAAAGAGUUGGAGACUAUACUGAAAGGUCGCGAAUACGUGGAUAACGUGUUCAAUGAAUACGUGAAUAGUCGCGAAUACGUGGAUAACGUGUUCAAUGAAUACGUGAAUAGUAUUCAACACUUAAUGCCAAACAUCGCAACCAAUGCUAUACUCCAUACGAAACAAGAGCUCAAUAAUCAUGAAUGCUAUCGAAAACUGGUCGACACUUUCAAUGAUAAAUGUUUUAAUUUGAACAAGAAUACGUAUGUUUUAAGAAAAAUGCAAAUAUUUGUGAAUAUUUGCGAACAUAUGACUGAAUCAAGUGAUGCCGAUAUUGCUGUCAAUCAAUUGGUACAACAUUGUCAGCAAAAUGUUAACAAUCAAUUUACUAAUAUUAUAUGAAU